AUGGCUAGGAUUGCGUUACCAACAAUCUUUGUCUUUUCCCAGCAAGACUUCUUCUUUGGUUCAUGUGCUGCUUCGACAUCACUGUAUGGCUCGGACAUUAACUUAAAAAGUGUCAUGACCACUUCAUUUUUGAUGAAGUCAACAGCUUAUGUCCACUUCCUCCCACAAGCACUUGAGGGACAAGAGAAGGUCAUCAUUGACUACCUUCAAGCCACUGAGAAGCUCCAAAAGCUUCAAGAUCUCCGCGAAGAGUUCAAGUCCCGCUUGAAACAGGAGAACUUACUACAGGAAUACAUGCUCAUUUUGUACCCAUUACUAGAUGGCUCCCAUUUACCAUCAGAGUACACUGCAGCUCUUGAUGCACUCAAAGAUCUUCGCGAUCACCGUCCGAUCGGUAAAGAAGCCUUCGAGCUCACCAUUGAGCAAGCCAUCCUCGCCAAGUACAAUGCAAAGAAGCGGAUGCUCGAAGCUCUUGAUAAGAUCAAGGAGUACGUCGAAACGUUCUAA